AUGCACCCGCAAGCUGAGACGGCGAUCGGCCUGCCUUCCAUGUUCACCUCCUUCUCGCGCGCCUUCUUCCGCGUGAAUGAAUGCCAGUCGAUCAAGAGUUACUCACGGUCAAAGACAUACGUACGAUACCAGUGCCCGCGUGACAGCAGCGAGGGUCUUAAAGCUGCACGAAAGUCACGCUUCAUGUCGAGCAUUGAUACUGAUGCGAGCGGCGAAUUUGGGGUCAUAACGGCGUACUACUGGAGCGACGGUGACCCUACUCGAUCAAGAGGUUGA